AUGGUGAACGUCUUUAACCCUCAGGUUUUCUUCAUUGUAUUCCGUGAAGCCUUAGAAGCCGUUGUGGUGGUUUCGGUGUUACUUGCUUUCUUAAAGCAAGGGCUCGGUGGUGCUACAUCAGACCCAGUUGUAUACAAACGAUUAGUUCGACAGGUUUGGUGGGGUGCAGGGCUAGGGUUGCUAGUCUGUAUUAUCUUGGGUGCCGCUUUCAUUGGUACUUUUUAUUCUCUUGGUAACGAUGUUUGGGUUAACUUUGAAGAUUUAUGGGAAGGUAUUUUCUGUGUUAUUGCAGCUGUUUUGAUUUCCAUGAUGGGAAUUGCCAUGUUACGUGUCAACAAGAUGAAGGAAAAGUGGAGAAUAAAGUUGGCUAAAGCUUUAAUUCAACCACCUGCCGCCAAAAAGGAUAGAUUUAAGAUUGGAUACUUGACCAAGAAGUAUUGUAUGUUUAUCCUUCCAUUUAUUACUUGUUUAAGAGAAGGUUUAGAAGCAGUUGUUUUCGUGGGUGGUGUCGGAUUAUCCAGUCCUGCAACUGCUUUCCCAAUUCCUGUCAUUACCGGUUUAAUUGCUGGUAUUGCCGUUGGGGCUCUCUUGUACUUUGGUGGUACAACCACAUCAUUACAGAUCUUUUUGAUUAUUUCCACUUGUAUCCUUUAUUUGAUUUCCGCUGGUUUAUUCUCUCGUUCCAUUUGGUACUUUGAAAUGUAUAAAUUGGGUAAAUUGACUGGUGGUGAUAUUGGUGAAAAUGGUUCUGGUCCAGGUACUUAUGAUAUCUCUAAGUCUGUUUGGCAUGUUAACUGUUGCAACCCAGAAACAGACAAUGGUUGGGAUGUCUUUAACGCACUUUUAGGAUGGCAAAACUCAGCAACCUAUGGUUCUGUUAUUUCUUAUAACGUCUAUUGGAUUGCUGUAAUUGGUGUUUUAUUCUUGAUGUUGUUCGAAGAAAAGCACGGACACUUGCCAUUCCUUAAGGGUGUUACAUUGGCUCAAUUGAACCCAAUGUACCACAUCAAGGGUAAGAAGAAGAAUGACUUGUCUAAGGCUGAACAAGAUGAAUUGUUUGCUAAACUUAGAGAACAAAACAUUGGUCAAGACGUUGAAGUUGAAAGUGACUUGUCUACCAACAAGGAUGUAGGUGGAGCUGACGUGAAGCAACAAGCUGUCACCGCUCAUUAG